AUGGCGGCCCAGGUAGCUCUGAUCACCGAUACAAUCGUGGGCAUGAAAAGAGCCCUGCGGAAAGAGAAUGACUUGUCUCUUGCCCGACCAGACUCCGGGCCCGAUGAUCCGAUCACGCAGCCGACAAAUCGAGGCAACAAGUUACGCGCGAACGCAAGUUUUGUUCGGGAGGGUGCCCUCGGAUACGUACACCCAGAGGAGAUGUACAAACAGAAAAUUGACCAUGCCGGAUACACACGUUAUAUUCUUCAGCCCAAUCCUGUGCGCUACGAUUCGGAAGGCGAUGAACUGGACGAGGACGACGAAGACUCCGAGGCUGAUGCCGCUGCAGCGGAAGAAAAUCCGUUCUCUGAGAUUGCGCUAGAAAAUUUCCUCUGCCCUCUUAAACAUCCAUCCGAACUGCCUACCCACCCGUCUCUGUCACACGCUUAUACGUCCAAGGCACUGUUACAUAUGACCCAGGCGAUCGAGGCCAAACUCCGUCAGGAAAGAGCACUGCUAUGGCGGGCAAGGAACUUGCACCGACGGUUCUUGGGUGAUAGCUCCUGGAUGCCAUCCGGGGCAGUUGAAACGCAUGAAGACAGAUGGGUUUUUGAGCCUCGAGUGGUCGGUACAUCACGCAGCUCCCCUACGAGUCAGUAUAGGUCGAACGGGACUGCCACCCCUUUGGCGACAGGGGCACUUGCUGCUCAAAAAAAUGGCUCACAAGGACCGCCGUCUGUGGCAAGUGGGUCAAAUUUGCCCCAGCCCUGCCAGAACAACGCGGUUCUGAGCCAGUCUGCCGUGGAAAAAGAUGUCGAGAUGACCGACGCUCAUGAGCAAGAGCUGGUCCGCAAGGACUUUAUUUCCAGCACACUUGAACAGACCCGGGAACCUAAAUCCGAAGAGAUCGAUACCCCGGUCGGAGACCUACCACAUCACUCGGAAACUGCACACCCCGAGGCGCAAAUAAAUGGAAGCGAUCCGGCAAAGCCCAGAGCUGACGAGGACCGGAUGUCGGACUCGGAUGGCACCAUCGACAGAGACGGGAAGGAAGACAACAGAGGGACUGCAACCCAUGGAGAUGCGCAAGCUAGGCCCGAUCGUGGGAACACUUUUCAGGAAGAUGAGACGGACAAGGAUGCGGAGAUGCAGGACGGAUCGUCGCCCGAACCUCCCCGGCGAAUGACGACUCGGGCGCAGGCCAACGCGGCGAAUCCGCACCAGGAAGAUGAACUGGGUUCCCUAUCCCCAUACCCUUCCGACGAUACCAUCGGUAGUCUCCCAACGCCACACCCACUCUUUCUCAUCCCAGAGACCGUCCGGCCAGACCCAAACUUCGGUCUUCCACCCAAUGAAGCGGAAGACACGCGCCGCUUACUAUGGUCUUAUGUUCAGAAACAAGAGGAAACUGUUAGAGGGUUUGAGCACAUGCUCGAAUCUCUGCUUCGGGCCUGUCGGAUGAAAGAAGAUGUUCUGGAGUGGUGCAAAGCGGAAGGCCAUGUCGGCGAGAUGAGCGAUGGAGAAGAUUGGUAUGACCGGGAGAAAUGGGGACUUGUCGAAGGGGAGGAUCUGAAAAAGGGUGCCGAUGAAGAUGAAAUCGAGACGGUGGAGGAGAGCCGGACGUCGAAUAAGAGAGGCAGGGGUCGGCGAGCAUAA